AUGGCCGCCGGCUGUGGACACGAGCACCACCAUGGCCACGACGAUGCCGAUCACGUCAAGGCUGGCGAGGGGCAGCAGGACAUCCUGUUUCUCGAUGUAGAUCGCGAGCAAGUCACGGCCCUGAACGAGAAGCAGACGGGAUCUGCCGCCCACAUUAUCAGGCCGUACGAUCAGCGUAUGAGCGACUCGCCUCUGCUCGAGUCGGACGUGGACGACGAGCUGAUGGUGUAUGUGCCUUUCACCGGCAGUGUACGCCUGCGCUCGCUGCUUCUGCGAUCAGGGCCGGGUCAUGCCACGCCCCGCGCUAUACACCUGUACAAAAACACCGAGGCGCUCGACUUUGGGGACGCAGCGAAUGAGACGCCCAAGCCGCUCCAGAAGCUGACAUCGAUUCCCGAGUCGUCUGAUGUCGUGGAAAUCCCCCUACUCGCAGCGCGGUUCCCCGAUGUGCAGUCGCUCACACUCUACAUACCUGGAUGCCUCGGCACAGAGCGCGGCGUCGCCGAUGCACACACGUCCAUCUCGUACCUCGGCUUCCGCGGCGAGUCGCGCCUACUUCAGCGCAGCGGGCCCGCCUCUAUUGUGUACGAGGCUGCGCCACGCGCCUCCGACCACACCCGCGUGGACGGCACCGCGGCCGGCGCGCGACCCUCUUCCUAG